CCAUUAAUUAAAAAAAAUCCAAACCCCUCUUUUCUUCUUCUUCAAAAGGGACGGUUACAAAGUCCACUUACCCAAAAAAAAAAAAAAACUAAAACCCUUCUUCACACUCCAUACACACAUCUAUUUAUCUAUCUACAGAUAUAAUUUUGUGUAUCUAUAUAUUUAGCCUCAAAGUUUAAGUCUUUAUAUAUGUGCAAAGUUUUAUUUGGAAGAUUUGAGAUCAGUACUGAAAUUUGUGGGCUUUUUGUUGUUGGAAUAAAUAAGUAGAUGUUUAGUUGUAUAUUUAGGUGGUGAAGAAGGCUGAAUUACUACUACAUGGGUAAUAUUUGCUUUACCAAGCUCUCAGGUAAUCAGUCAUCAAAUGACACUGGCAAGGGAAGGGGCCACCAAGGCUCAGUCAAAUAUGGUUUCAGCUUAGUCAAAGGGAAAGCUAAUCACCCCAUGGAGGAUUACCAUGUUGCCAAAUUUAUUACUCAUCAAGGACGCGAGCUUGGACUCUUUGCUAUAUAUGAUGGCCAUUUGGGAGAUAGUGUCCCAGCAUAUCUUCAAAAACAUUUAUUCUCCAAUAUCAUAAAAGAGAACGAGUUUUGGACGGAUCCAAACCGGGCUAUCUCAAAAGCAUAUGAAAGAACAGAUCAAUCAGUUCUUUCCCACAAUCCUGACCUGGGAAGAGGUGGAUCUACAGCUGUUACUGCGAUAUUAAUUAACGGUAGUAAGUUAUGGGUAGCAAAUGUUGGAGAUUCUCGGGCAGUGUUGUCAAGAGGAGGGCAAGCAAUUCAGAUGAGUAUUGAUCAUGAACCAAAUACUGAAAGGGGAAGCAUUGAAAACAGGGGAGGUUUUGUCUCCAAUAUGCCUGGAGAUGUAGCAAGAGUGAAUGGGCAACUAGCUGUUUCACGUGCUUUUGGAGACAAGAAUCUGAAAAGUCAUUUACGCUCUGAUCCUGAUGUAACAAAUGCUGAUAUUGAUGCUAGUACAGAAAUUCUCAUCCUUGCCAGUGACGGUCUAUGGAAGGUUAUGUCAAACCAAGAGGCAGUGGACAUAGCUAUAAAGAUCAGAGACCCACAGAAGGCAGCCAAGGAACUAGCUGCCGAAGCAUUGCAUAGAGAAAGUAAAGACGAUAUCUCAAUCAUUGUGGUCAGAUUUAGCUGAAGGAAGAUACAUCUUUAUGGUUGAGCUAUGUGCAGUAUAAGGUGUACAUUGGGGGGGUUAUGUUUGCAACUUGCUUGUCAAAUAUAGUACAAAAGGUCCAGAAUUUGCGCAUAAAGGUAGCUAAGUUUACUUGGAUACAGGUUAUAUUUAUAUAUAUAUGACUUGUCCUCUGUUUUCUUCUUUGUAAGAAAUUGAAUUUCUUGUACUUACUACUCUGAGGUUUGUUAUUGUUUGAUUCCAUGAGUGUGUAGAAUGUAUACACAACCCGUUUCCAUU